UCGACGGGGCAGUGUUCUCUGAACGCCGCGAAUCUCAAUUAAAUGACCAAAUCCUGAAAUGUUGAGAUAUUAUGAACGUUAAAAAACAUGAUACCUUGUAAAUUAUUGUCUACUUACAGUAAGGUCUGAUCGUUUAGCUGAGCGUCUGCAGAAAUCUAGAACUUUGGUGAAGUUGCAACACAAGCUGUCGUAAACUGCGCCUCCUCAAGGCAACGCUGCCACAGCUGCCGCCUCUUCGUUCUGUGAACUGUCAUUUGAAAGAAGACGGAAACAUUUUCUUCAUAUGGCACUGCGAAUUUAUCAAAUAAUUUUGCCAGUGGCGCUUUUACUCUUGGGAAUAAUAGCAAUACUUCUACUUACUAUACCUACUGAAGAUAUCAACGAACAACCACAAUUUAUGUAUGGGAUAGUCCUUGAUGCAGGCUCCUCCCACACUGCUGUGUACAUCUACAAGUGGCCAUCCGACAAGCAGAACGGCACUGGUGUGGUCACUCAGCACACAGAAUGUCAUGUCAGGGGCGGAGGGAUCUCAAGCUAUGCAGGACAGAAGGGUGCGGCAGGACUCAGUCUGGAAGAGUGCCUAACCCAGGCGGUGCGGGACGUCCCCAAAAACAGACAUGCCGUCACGCCUGUGUACCUCGGAGCAACAGCAGGCAUGAGGCUCCUGAACAUCUCCAGCCCUGGCCAAUCAGAGCAGAUUCUGCAAGAAGUGGGUCACAAAAUUCGGUCCUAUCCUUUUGAUUAUCGAGGUGCGGCCAUAUUAAGCGGUCGAGAGGAAGGGGCUUAUGGUUGGGUCACUGUCAACUACCUUUUGGAGAAUUUUAUCAAGUAUGGUUUUGUGGGCCGCUGGCUGAGCCCAGGCAGAGCCACGGUGGGAGCGCUGGAUUUCGGUGGGGCUUCCACCCAGAUCACGUUUGUGACGCAGGAAGAGCUGGAGGACAAGAGGGACUGGAUGAGUCUGCGUCUGUACGGGCAGGAGUACUCUCUGUACACACACAGCUUCCUCUGCUACGGACGCGACCAGGUGCUGAGGAGAAUACUGGCACACCUGUUCACGUCUCAGGGUCACCCUGAGACAGUGCAUCACCCCUGUUACCCUGAAGGCUACACUCUGACCCUGAGGCCGGAGAUGAUGUUCGACUCUCCCUGCACUGCCAGCCAAAAGCCCACUUCCUACGAUCCCCAGAAUGCAUUACUGUCUGUCAAAGGCACUGGCCAUUAUGAGCACUGCGUGGGGAACGUGUCGGAGAUCUUCUCCUUCCACAGUUGCCCCUACUCCCACUGCUCUUUUGAUGAAGUCUUCCAACCCAAUGUCAGUGGCAGCUUCAUGGCGUUCUCAGCCUUCUUCUACAUCCACGCGUUCCUCCAACAAGCCACAAGGAUCACCGUCUCCACCCCUGACCAGCUGGAGCAGGCAGCUAGGGCUGUCUGCAACAUGAGUUACAGCCAGAUGUUGGCCGUGGUUCCAGAGCAGGAGUCUCGCUUGCAGGACUACUGCGCUACCUCUGUGUUCACCCAGGUGCUCCUGUUUAGGGGCUACGGGUUCGAUGACCAGUCUUUCAGGGGUGUCUCCUUCCAGAAAGAGGCAGGGGACACGUCAGUGGGCUGGGCCCUGGGCUACAUGCUCAGCCUCAGCAGCCUGCUCCCAGGGGAGAGCGUGGGGCUCAGGAAGGGCCUGAGGCCUGCAGCCUGGGCAGGCGUCAUCUUCCUCCUGGGCCUCCUCCUGGCCGCGGCCCUGGUCUACGUCUUUCUCCAAGUCUGCCGAGAGAAGAAGAAAAACGGAAGCAGUAAUGGUGCCUUCUAGGAGUUCCUUCCCCCCCCCCCCCCCCCC